AUGCCAAGAAACCGAAGUUCCUUGACGAUACUCGAGGCCCUGAUGGUGCUGAGCGUAACGUUGCUGGUCCAGCUGGACGUGUGCUGGUGCUCGCCGUCCCACAGGAGUAGACACCACGCGGACCUGUCGCACGAGGACGCAAAGGGUUUCAGAACGAGCGAGGAGCUGCCGCGACCGGCCGCCCUCAAUUCGAACGACGAUUCGCUGGUGGUGCAGACCAGGAAGGGCAAGGUCAGGGGUAAGACCAUGACUGCCACCACGGGAAAGGAGGUCGACGCCUGGCUCGGAAUCCCAUACGCGCAGAAACCUCUCGGACCAUUGAGGUUCCGGCAUCCGAGGCCUGCGGAGCGUUGGACAGGCGUUCUGAACGCGACGACGCUGCCGAACAGCUGCGUGCAGAUAUUGGACACGGUGUUCGGGGACUUCGCGGGUGCGACCAUGUGGAAUCCGAACACCCCACUCAGCGAGGAUUGCCUUUACGUGAAUGUGGUCGCGCCACGGCCUAGGCCUACCAAUGCCGCUGUUAUGGUAUGGAUAUUCGGUGGUGGAUUUUACUCCGGAUCGGCGACCCUCGACGUUUACGAUCACAAAACCCUGGUGUCGGAGGAGAACGUGAUUCUGGUCUCGAUGCAAUAUCGAGUCGCCAGCCUGGGUUUCCUCUACUUCGGAACGUCGGACGUACCUGGGAACGCCGGUCUGUUCGAUCAGAUGAUGGCCCUUCAGUGGGUCCGCGACAAUAUCGCUGCGUUCGGCGGAAAUCCUGACAACGUGACCCUGUUCGGAGAGAGCGCGGGCGCCGUUUCCGUUUCUAUGCACCUACUCUUAUAUUUUUCCAGGCACUUGUUCAGCCAGGCGAUCAUGCAGUCGGGUUCGCCUACAGCCCCGUGGGCGAUCAUCUCCCGGGAGGAAUCGGUCGUUCGAGGGAUACGAUUGGCGGAGGCGGUCGGUUGUCCCCAUGAUCGUGACAAUCUGCAGGAGGCGAUCGAUUGCUUGCUGGUCAAGGACCCGAUCGAUCUCGUGAAGAACGAGUGGGGAACGUUGGGGAUCUGCGAGUUCCCAUUCGUACCGGUGAUAGACGGCGCGUUUCUAGACGAGACGCCCCAACGUUCGCUCGUCACGUCGUCGUUCAAGAAAGCUAAUAUCAUGAUGGGCUCGAACACCGAGGAGGGUUUCUAUUUUAUCAUCUAUUAUCUGACCGAACUGUUCCGCAUCGACGGCGCGGAGGACGUCCGCGUGUCCAGGGAACAGUUCGUCAACGCGAUCUCCGAGCUGAACCCGUACGUCAGCCAGCUCGGCAGGCACGCGAUCAUAUACGAGUACACCGACUGGCUGCACCCGGACGAUCCGCACGCGAAUCGCAACGCCCUCGACAAGAUCGUCGGCGACUAUCAGUUCACCUGUAACGUGAACGAGUUCGCCGGCCGUUACGCCGACACGGGGAACACCGUGUACAUGUACUAUUACAAGCACAGAUCCGCGAACAAUCCCUGGCCGAGGUGGACCGGCGUGAUGCACGCGGACGAAAUCAGCUACAUCUUCGGGGAGCCAUUAGACCCCUCGAAAGACUACACGCAGGAGGAAGUGGCAUUGUCCAAGAAAAUGAUGAGAUACUGGGCGAACUUUGCGAGAACCGGGGACCCGAACGUGGGCGACGUCGCGUCAUGGUCAGCGCCGUAUUGGCCGCCGCACACUGCCGUGAAGAAAGAGUACCUGACACUGGACACGAACAGCUCGGACAUUGGGAACGGGCCUAGAGUGAGGCAGUGCACGUUCUGGAAGAAGUACCUUCCUCAUCUCCUCUCCGCUACAUCGAAACUGGAGCACUCCUCGAAGGAGACCUGCAGCGGCACCAGCGUGAACGGUGGCGGUCGACUGUUGUUGGUGCUUGGCCUGCUGGCGAUCGGCGGUCUGCUUAACCAGAGGAUCGGCGUGCCGCCGAUCUUCGACGCACGAGGCUUCGUUUAGCUCCACCGUCCGGCUGUACGGACCGUCCUCGAUCAUUGACGGAGCCAAGGAUUGGCUGGAAGAGUGAGAAGACGAAGAGAGAGGGAGAAAGAGAAAAACAGGAAGAAAGAGAGAGGAGAUAGCAACUAGAUGAAGGAACACGCGCGCGGGAUCGACGAGGACUUGGUGGCAAAAGACCGCCCCCCCCCCCCGUGUGUGGGUGGGUCUUCAAGGGAGAACGGCGACGACCAGCCGAUUACGGUAUUACCGUUGACACGACGAGGACCGAGAGACGAGGGAAGCAACAACGACAAAAUUGAACAAAACGAAACAAAAACGAAACAGACAUAUCAAC